CUCCACAACUAUCUUAUCUAUAUACAGCACACCCCACGUGGUAUACCAGUGCGAUUUGCCUUUACAGUCGAUGGAGAUCCGCACUUCAUUAUAUCGGUGCCACAAAAAGAAGAUGCCAUUUGUUUCAAUAUCAAUGAAAACCCAGGUGCUGUGUUAAACUUAAUAAAUGACCCAGUUACAGGCAUCACAGUCAGAGGAGAGCUCAUUGGUGAUAAGAGAGCAAAUAGCGAUGCAAAGAUCCAAAACACCUAUUUUGGAAAACUUGGCAUUGCCAAUAAGCACCUGGAUUUAAAACUGACAGUAACUCCUGAGAAGAUCACAAUUCAGAACGGCAAUGAAACAACUGGUUUCACCUGGCUUGACUCAGUCACCUUGCAACAAGCAGGUUUAACUUUGAGAAUUAACAAAAACCAAAAUCUGGUGCUCUCAAUGGGCAGCGGUGCCUCAUUUGUUAUUGUUUUGCACCAAGUAUGGAAGAAACACCCUCUCCACCAAGAUUUCCUAGGACUGUACACAUUGGAAAGUGAUGAACUGUCUGAGCAGACCCAUGGAUUGUUAGGACAGUUUUUCCACCCCAUUGACUUCACCAUACUUGAAAUUCAUCCCGGCUCUGAUCCCAAGAAACCAGAUGCCACAAUGAUUGUUAAAAACAAUGAACUGACAGUAACGAGGGGCUGGCAGAAGGAUUACAGAAGCGAUCCUGAGCACGGCGUUGAUAUUCCUUGCUGGUUUGUUCAUAACAAUGGAGCUGGGCUGAUAGAUGGUGUUCAUACGGACUAUACUGUUUCCAGUCUGUUUUAA